UUAAUGUUGUAGGAAGCGGACAAAUGCUGAAAAUGUUAGGCAUGUUUCUAAAACUGAGCGCUUAGGAAAAAGAACUCCUAUUUUUAUGUACCGUCUGAUUUUUUAAAAUCUAUAUGCUCACAAUUUUACCUCCACAUAAAACUCUUUUUAGGCAGGCUAGCUACUGUGAAUUACUUGGCUUAAAAGAUAUCCGGCAAGUUUUUGUUUGGGUUUACUCUGUACGAAAAUACUAAUUCCUGUUUCAGAUGCGGGUUGGUCAGGCUGCAGUGGAUGCGAUCAAAACUCGCGGAGGUGACAACACCAGUUACACUUUAGGACAAGCAUCCGAUAUCAUGUAUUUCGAGUCCGGAACAACAAAGGACUACAUUUAUGGCCAUUUGAACGUGCGAUACGCGUUCUCUAUGGAGCUCAGAGACACUGGAAAAUACGGAUUCCUUCUUCCCAGCCAUCUGAUAGAACCAACAGCUAAGGAAGCGUUUGAAGGAAUCAAAGCCAUAAUUCUGAAUAUGAAAUUAAAUGAUUAACAAACCAAUGUCGUUAUUUUCUAUAUUGUGAUUCAAAUACUUGCAGAAAACGAAAUAGAUAAAGCUUUGGCGUGUUUUGCCUCAGCAAAUGUCAUAGAGUAACCCCAAACAUUUUAAAUUCC